AUGGCUGCCUCUUCAUCCUCCUCCUCAGCUGGUGGGGUCAGUGGAAGUUCUGUUGCUGGAUCUGGUUUCAGUGUCUCAGACCUUGCCCCACCACGGAAAGCCCUUUUCACCUACCCCAAAGGAGCUGGAGAGAUGUUGGAAGACGGCUCUGAGAGAUUCCUCUGUGAAUCUGUUUUCAGCUAUCAAGUGGCAUCUACGCUUAAACAGGUGAAACAUGAUCAGCAGGUUGCUCGGAUGGAAAAACUAGCUGGUUUGGUAGAAGAGCUGGAGGCAGAUGAAUGGCGAUUUAAACCCAUCGAGCAGCUGCUGGGGUUCACACCCUCUUCAGGUUAACCUGGCCUGGAUGGUCAUCUCGGGUGCACAGCAAGUGCAGGUCUAGCAAGGAACUUUUCUUACAAUGUAUAUAGCCAUCCGAGAUUCACGGCUCCAUCACUGAAUUGUUAAUUCACAUUCAUACUUGGUUUCUCUGUAUCUAUACACAAGCAACAAAUUCUUAAGUGUGUGAUCUUGCAGGGAAAUUUUUUGCUUAUUUGUUUAAAAAAGUAUUGAGAAUCAGAUUUAGACAAUCGACAUCAGAGAACCAGGAAGUUUGGGUUUAAAAAAGAUUUAUAAAACUUCACAAUCCAGGACACAUGGCAGAAUUGGCCAGACGAAAGACAUCCCUCCUGUCAUUCAUGCAGUUCCUAGAAUCCUCACCAGUCAAGUCCAAGGUCAGGAUCUGAAGUUAUAAAAUACAUUUCUGACCGAAAACCCUUCUUUUUGCAGAUGAAUGUGAUUUCGACUCAGGACUUGUCCAAAUUAGGAAUUUUUUAAUGUUUGGGAUUUUUUCUAUUUUUAGACAUCUAAUUCUAUAGAUUCUAACUUUUUCUAACCUCUUCUAGGCAUGCCAAAUGCUGGCAAAAAGAAUUGCUUUUUGAAUGUUGAAGUUCUUGUAAAAAUAAAGCAGUGAGCAAAAUCCUUUUAAACACAGAAAUCCUGAGUUCAUCUUGUUGGUGGGCUCUGGCAAUUCUGUAGCAAAUAAAUCCUUUGAAAGAACUCCAAA